UGUAAUUUGAAUAAAAUAAAUAUAAAGUGAUAUUGUGUUGCAAUGUGUACUAGAAAAUAAAUCCAAUCUUUUAUACAUGGUUGUCACAUUGUGUCAAGAUACAACACAAGAACCCGUCGUAAAAUGGAAGAAGAACUGAGGUGUUUUCUUUGUAAAGAAUUUUAUAGAGAACCAGUACUACUCCCUUGUGGUCACGCGCUCUGCCGCGCUUGUGCAGUAAAUUUACAAACUCAUGUCCACGAAUCUGACAGCUCCUCGAGUACCACAACCGAUUAUCAGGAGGCAGAUAAAGCAUCGGUGUCGAGCGAGACCGACAGCGGUGUGGUAUGUGGGUCGAGGCCGAACAGCUACGCCGGAACGCCCGCCACGCUCGCCUGUUCGCCGGCCGCAUUCAGUAUUACAUGUCCGACUUGUAAUAAGCAAACAUAUUUGGACGACAAUGGGGCGGAGGGUCUGCCCCCUUUUCGAGUCAUGCGGACGAUCGUGGAGCGUUUCGGUGGAACGAGCGUCGCGCCGCCCGCAGAGGAGGCGUGCCAGAUGUGCGAGGGGGAGAGGCGGGCGGCAGUAGUGAGAUGCGAGCAGUGCUCGGUGCGGUACUGCGCCGGCUGCCGCGACGCCUGGCACCCCAUACGCGGGCCUCUCGCCCAGCAUGAACUGCGUGCGCUCGGUACCACCUGCGGGGACCACGGCUCUCCGCCGGCUCUCUACUGCAACACGUGCCUUGUACCCAUAUGCCAGCGGUGCCAUGCCGAGAAACACCACACCCAUGAAACACAUCCACUAUCAAAUGCUGCUAGAGCACAUAAGACUGAAUUAUCACAAGUAUUAACACAACUAUCUGAAGAGGCCAAAGCAAUGACUGAAUAUAUACAGCUAGUCAAAUCUUCCGGAGACAAAAUUAAUGAAUCAUGUGAAGAAUUGGAGAGGCAGAUUGAUCAAGCAUGUUCAGAAAUCACUAGUGCCAUAGAGAGAAGGCGCGACGAACUGAUCAGAGCGGCCCGUCACACGCGAUGUCAAGCUGUUGCGAACACCAAGACCCUGACGUCGCAGGCUGCGCAGAAACUACGCGAGGCGACAGCCCUCUUACAUUUCUCUAUUGAGGCAUUAAAAGAAUCCGACCAUGCAGCAUUUUUGCAGGUUGGUAACAUUCUGUCCGUCCGAGCUCAGGAGACAGCUUCCCACCUGCGGUCGUCGCUGGAGCCGCCGCCGUCCCCGCCCGCGCUCACGCUUGACAUCGAACCCGUCAUACGGACAGUCAAGUCUAUGAACUUCAUUGAGUGUAUACCGCCGGGCGCGCCGGAGCUGGCUGUGGAGGCGUGCGCGGCGCGCGGGUGCUCGUGCACGCUGGCGUGGCGAGCGCCGCGCGCGCCUCACGCCGUGCGCGGGUACGUGCUCGAGUUGGACGACGGCCGCGGCGGGCCGUUCAGGGAGGUGUACUGCGGCCGCGAAACGGUGUGCACGAUAGACGGUCUGCACUACGCGUCGUUGUACAGCGCGCGGGUCAAGGCCUUCAACGGCGCCGGCGAGGGACCCUACAGUGACGUCAUCGGCUUGCAGACCGCUUCAGUGGCAUGGUUCGCGUGGGACGCGCGUUGCAGCGGCGCGGAGGGCGGUCUCACUAUCGGCGCGGACGGGCUGAGCGCGCGCGCGGGCGGGUGGCAGCCGCGCGUCGCCGUAGCGGACACGCCCCUCGCGCGCGGCGUACACUACUGGCGGCUGCGGGUUGACAGAUACGACGGCGACGCGGACCCGGCGUUCGGCGUGGCGCGCGCGGGUGUGUCGCGCGACAAGAUGCUGGGCGCGGACGCGCUCGGCUGGGCGAUGUACAUUGACGGCGCGCGCUCGUGGUUUGUGCACGGCGGCGCGCACGGCGGCCGGGCGGCGGGCGGCAUCGCCCCGGGGGCCACUGUCGGCGUACUGCUCGACCUCGACCGCGGCACGCUGCGCUUCACCGUGGAUGACCGCCCGCAGGGUGACGUGGCGUUCACCGGUCUGCGUGGCGCGUUUUACCCGGCGGUAUCGCUCAACCGAGGCGUGGAGGUGACGCUGCAGCCCGGCCUGCCGCCCCCCGACCUCGACUCCCUCGCCCCCGCCCCUCCGCCCCUCACCGCUCUCAGCCUCGAGUAAGCCCCGCCCGUCUUUGUCUGACCACGACCGGCGACCCAGCGAGAGAAACUGACCAAAAUGAAUUUUCGACUAUAAAUCUAGCUCCGCCUAAGUAAAAAAAAAUGACCGCCUAACUUCUGAUGCACUCGUGAUUAUUGCAGUUCGGUCACGGUCAAAAGAGUAAACGUAAAUGACGCUGAAGGUACGCUAGUUU